AUGGAUUCAACAAACGAUGAGCAAGCUCGCUUUGAGCUUAUAGACGCACACGUCAAGAGCGAAAGCACACCGGCCGCGUCACCGCAGCCUUUCAUCGCCGACUCGACGCCGACCACAGACUCAAAAUCACACAAUGCACCGACACCUUCGGCAGAAGACACGGUGGCGACCAACGGCGCACAGCCUUCCAAAAAAAAAGGCACAGCAAAAGCCACACAGAAGCAGGUCAAGCGGCCGAAACCUUCGGGACCACCCAAGAAAUCCGCCAAGAGAGUCAAGGCGGACGACGCACUCACGGAGGAAGGGUCACAAGCAGAGAUUGAAGACGGCUCCGACGAUGACAUAUCAGAUGAUAACACCUACUGUAUCUGCAAGGGCAAGGACGACCAUCGAUGGAUGAUCUGCUGCGAGAAGUGCGAGGAUUGGUUUCACGGCGAGUGCAUCAACCUGUCCAAGGAGGUCGGGGAGACACUCAUUGAGAAGUUUAUCUGUCCGAGGUGCACAACCGAUACAUUCACGUCACUCUACAAGAAGACGUGCGGGCUGAAAGGAUGCCGCGAGCCAGCCAGGUUGGCGGCCGAUGGGGAUUACAGUGUAUUCUGCUCGAAUGAACACGCCCAGAGCUGGUGGGAGAGAAUGGUGUCGCGGCUGCCCAAGAGCCGGGGGAAGACGGGACUAAGCGACGAAUUAACACAGGACGAGCUCAUGGCGCUCCUGGCUUGUGGUAUGGGGACUGUGGGUGAGGACGCCAUCCUACAGAGGGCAGAAAGAGCCCGGUACAGCAUGGCGCAGGAGACGAUACUGUGUGAUCACAUGCGGACCUUGAUCGAACUAGCCAUGAAACGCCACCGACUUGCCGUCAAGGCUGGACGGCUCGCGAAGAACAGUUGUGGCUACGACCAUCGGCUCGACACGGUCACUGCACCCAACGCCUUUGCCGCGUUUAUCAAGACCCCCGAAGGCGAAUCGAUUCUCAAGAACAAGAGUCUCAGCGGUGGCGUCGACAGUGAUGACGACGAUGACCUGCGUGGGAUGUGCGAGGCGAGGCCUUGCAAGGCGCAUCGGGAAUGGGCGAAGAUACUGAUGCACGGCGUCAAGUGUCAGAUUCGCGAAAUGGUCCGUCAGUCAGCCGAGAUUGAUGAAGAGGAGAGAGUUGUGCGCGAUGCGGCCAAGGAGCGGUGGAAACGAAAGCUCGCUGAGAACAACUGGGUCGAGGCCAUUGACGACGAAGACUGA